GGCUAGUUAUGUAAGUCUGGGUGGAGGAGUUUGGAACUGAGGCUGGCACAGAGCCUUGCCCAUUGGAGGCAGGGACAUGGGAGCGAUGGCUGCAUUGAAGGCACGCUGCGUCCUGGUGACGGGGUCCAAUCGGGGCAUUGGGCUGGAGAUGGUCAGGCAGCUGGCUGCGAAAAGCAACGGCCCGGAAAGGAUUUUUGCCACCUGCCGGGAUCCAGAAGGACCGCGUGCCCAGAAACUGAAGGAGUUGGCUGCAAAGCACAAGGAAGUGGAGAUCAUCCAACUGGACGCGUCUGAGCCAUCCAGCAUCAAGAGCGCUGCUGCCCGAGUCAGUGAGCAGCUGAAAGGAACGGGAUUAAACCUCUUGGUCAACAAUGCCGCGACUCUCAAUGUCAACACUUUGGAGACAGAGACAGCAGAAGGCAUGGCUGAGGUGUACAGGACCAAUGUGAUCGGGCCUUUUGUCACAAGCCAGGCGUUCCUGCCCUUGUUGAGAAAAGCAUCUCAGGAAAGUCCCCAGAAAGGGAUGAGUUGCAGCAAAGCGGCCAUCGUCAACAUAUCCAGCGAAGGCGGCUCCAUCACCAAUGUUUUAAUGUGGCAUAUUGUACAGGCCUUGUCUUACCGUUGCAGCAAGGCUGCUCUGAACAUGCUCACCAAGUGCCAGUCCCUGGGAUAUACAGAUGACAAGAUCCUGUGCGUUGCCUUGCACCCUGGAUGGGUGCAGACAGACAUGGGAAGUGCAGCAGGUCGGACCCCGCUGACGGUCGACCAGAGUGUGGGAGCCAUCCUGAACACUUUGGCCCAUCUCUCAGAGAAAGAGAACGGGACUUUUGUGAAUUGGGAAGGCAACGCCGUUCCCUGGUGAGACACUCAGCAUGACUUGCAUCCCGCAGUCAACUGACCAUUGCCAAUGGAAAAACCCACCCGUCCACAAGAUGUUGCCUUUAUUGCUUUCUCAUCAAUAAAUACUAUUAUACA